AUGGCCGUGAAAACUUGUGGGUCUUCACACUCUGCUUUGCUCGAUCAUGAAAAAUCGAUUUUACAACAACUCAAAGAUUGCCCACAGAUUAUCGAGUGUUUCGGAGGAGAUUUCAGCUUCGAAAACGGCGAGAAAUUGUAUAAUCUGUUCUUAGAAUACGCUAUGGGUGGUUCUUUGGCUGACAAGCUCAAGAACUUCGGUCACUGGAGAUUGCUGGAAUCCGAAGUCCGGCGACACACAGAGUCGAUUCUACAGGGUCUUCAAUGUAUUCACGAGAAUGGGUUUGUUCACUGUGAUCUCAAGCUUCAAAACGUUCUUCUAUGUCAAAACGAUGUCGCGAAGAUCGCCGAUUUUGGUUUGACGAAUAAAUCGGGAGAGAAGAUCGUGGGUUUUGAGUUAAGAGCAAUUGACGUUUUGCAAGCCAACUACCGUUAUCUCAACGAGGCCGCCAUCAGAACCGUGCUCCGCUACCGCAACCGGGAUUGCCACGACCUCCUCGGUUACACUCCGACAUACAAAUAUUCAGCUCCACGCCGGAGUAAAGUCACAGACUUUCUUCGCGCUCCAUCUCCACCUCCCGAUCCCACAUUACCGGACGUGCCAUACAUCCGGUUGACUGAGGCAAAAGAGAUGGCCAAAAGAAGCCGCAUCAAGAACCUCAUCAUUGCCACCUCCACCGAGAUACCGAGCAUCCAAACCUGCUCUCCUGCUGCCGGGCAACCCAGCAGGACCGUGGUUGCAUUGGCGUCUCCUGCCGCCAGGCAAACCAGCAGAGACAAUCGCCGGGCUGGCAAAAGGCCUCGCGCAGACCCUUCUGCCGAGCUAGUUGCGGAGCUCAACACCGAGCAGCCGGCCGUGACAGCUGACCCAAUUCCGCCAUGGAGGCCGUAG